AUGGCAGAACAAACAACGUUGGACAGCCUGCUGGAAAUGGGAUUUGACAGAAACAGAGUGUAAGUAGCUAACUGAAUUAAUGUGGCUAUUCUUCUACACACUAAAGAUCAUGAUAAGAUGAUGUGAUCAACUCUGAUCCUGUCCAUAUUUCGUCUGCUUGCAGGGAAAAGGCUGUGGCACACACAGGAAACCAGGGCAUAGAGCGGGCCAUGGACUGGUAAGGCAACUGGUAUGGGCAUUGGUGAGCUAGUCUCAGAGGCUUCUUCUUCCUCAGUUAAGUUAUUCACAUUGGAUAACGGAUUCGUGAUGUCUCUCUUCUAUCAUGCGUCUUCCACAGGUUGAUGGAACAUGAGGUUGACCCAGACAUUGACGAGCCCUAUGUACCUCCUGUGGGGAACGUGCUUGGAGGAAGUGACCCACAACUGCCUAGUCCAGCAGCCCAACCCACAACACAGGGAGCAGACCCUGGUAAGUGGUAAAUUGUCAUGACAGCAUAUUGCAAUAUGGUUACUUAUAUUGUUAUGAUCUAGUUAUAACUAUGACUUCAACUUCCCAUUACUGGUUAACAUGGUUGUUGGUUUACAUUGUCUUCUUGUCCCUCGACUCUUCUAUGUCAACUCUACCUUUUAGCUACAGAUGGUGGUGACCAGAUGAUCCAUGACGGUGAUACCAAACGACCAAUGAUAGAGGAGGAGAAACGUGAGCAGAUAAAGAGGUCAGAUAAUUCACCACCACUGAGGUUCUGUUAACACAGUUAUCUUAUUCUGUCAGAAACUGGGGAAAUGUCCUCUCAGGUUUGGUCAAUAGAUGUUACUCAGUAAGAUGGAAGUAUCAGGAAAAAGCAAGGCCUUCUGUUGGAAAUACAAAGAGACGGCAUACAAUGAAACCUGUGUGUGUGUACCAGGCUAGAGGAGCUGAUGCGGGUGAAGCAGGAGGAGCGGCGAGAGAGGGAGCGAGCGGAGGAGGUGGACAGGGAGAAGCAGAGGAGGAGGCAGGGCCAGGAGCUGCUGCAGGUCAAACAGAAACUGCAGGAGGAUGAGAUGAAGAAAAUGGUGGACCUGCGCCGGAGAGAGAAGGACGGUGACAGAAUGGCCAAGUAAGCCAAGAUGUCAAUGGGCUUGUUCAACAUUUCAGCCAACAUUGCAGGCGACUGCCGAUUAACUGAUCUACAGAAUACCUUGCAUAUAAGUAUUAUUAUUUGUAGGUCAUUUAGUCAGUCACAAUUUACCCACAAUACAUCACGGAUGGAUUUGAUGCUCUCGACAUGGCCAAUGGCUGUUGUCUCAAAGCACAUUGGAGGAGAGGAUCCAAGGUCCCUCCCUCGAACCUCCUCCAAUGAGCUUUGAGAAGAAUUGAGGAAACAAGAAUAGUUAGUAACGUUUUCAGACACAGCCAAUAGUUACUUCUUCUAAACGGCUUAGUGCAAAUAAGGUCUAUUCCCACUCCACAACUCUUCUCUUUAUCCAAUGACUGCUCUCUCUCUCUCUCUCUCUCUCUCUCAGGCAGCGGGUGCGAGACAAGAUAGCACGCGACAGAGAGGAGAGAGCACUUAAGGUACAGACUGCACCUACAGCAUCUGACUCCUAUGCUGAACUGUUGCUAAAUAAUGUCUCCAUAUCUUUCAUAGAAAGAGUUGAACUCACUAACCCCUUCUACUCCUCUCUUCUCCCUCUCCAGUUUGGAGGCGGUUCUUCUAGUACAGCUCUAACCUCCCUUUCAGCAGAGGGCCCUCCCUCCUCUCCGCCCAGUCAGGGCCCGCCUCCCGCCAAGAAGGACUAUAACGAGUGCAGAAUCCAGGUAAGGGGCCAUGGAUGUCUACGGCCUAGUUCACAUUCUGUUCACACUCACAACUGAUGUACAACGCAUUGAACACAACAGUUGUAAUACAACAGAUAUGUUUGUUUGCUCAACAAUCUUUACACAACCGUUGUUUGGUGUCUCAACAGUCAAUAACGUUUAUUCAUUCAUCCUUCUGUCCGCAGGUGCGUAUGCUGGACGGCUCGGCGCUGACCUCCGUGUUCAAGGCCCAGGAGCCGCUGGCUGCCGUGCGUGUCUACAUCCAGAUGAAUGGCGACGCCCCCGAGGGCCAGGACUUCACGCUGCUGUCCCCGUACCCCCGCCGCGUCUACACAGAGCUGGACAUGGAGAAACCCCUACAGGAGCUGGGUGAGCAGACAGGAUGAUGCUUGUCUCCUUCAUCCGCACUAAUCUGAAAGGACUGGAGAGGUCAAAAUCAGCCAAAGCCAUAUUGCUUUCUUCUAUCCUGUGUUGUCAGAUCAGUGCAGUUAUAGAGGAAUCUAAUCUGAGAUUGAAGGUGUGUUUCAUUUGAUACUGUUUCAACUGUUUUGUGUCAUUGUUCAGGUUUGGUGCCUUCAGCUGUGCUGGUCAUUGCCAAGAAAUAAGGACCUGAAGUAA